UGGGAACCGAUGCUUCCGGAGUCUGCUUGGGACUUCGGAUCAGAGGUCUGUGGGCUCCGAAGGUCGCGGGGAAACUGAUUUUCUGUGGGGCAGUGAGAACAAAGAGAACCUUUAUCAGAAAGGAUGGAGUUGGGACAAGGAAAACUUCUCAGGACUGGACUGAAUGCAUUAUAUCAAGCAAUACACCCAAUUCACGGACUUGCUUGGACUGAUGGGACUCAGGUAGUCCUGACCAAUUUACAGCUUCACAGUGGAGAGGCCAAAUUUGGGGACUCAACAGUCCUUGGGCAGUUUGAACAUGUGUAUGGGGUGUCCUGGGCCCCGCCUGGUGCAGCUGACACACCCACUCUGCUCGCUGUCCAGCACGAGAAGUGUGUCAUCGUGUGGCAGCUGUGUCCUAGCCCUGCAGAAGAGCCAAGCAAGUGGCUGAUGUCUCAGCCCUGUGAGAUCAGACAGUCAUGCCCUGUCCUUCCCCAGGGCUGUGUGUGGCACCCAGAAAGUGCAAUCCUGACUGUGCUGACUGCUCGGGAUGUCUCCGUGUUCUACAACAUCCACGGUGACAGUUCCCAAGUCAAAGUGGACGUCAGCACCCAAGGCCUCAUUCACUGUGCGUGUUGGACCCAGGAUGGCCAGAGGCUGGUGGUGGCAGCAGGCAGCAGCCUGCACUCUUACAUUUGGAACAGUGCUCAGAAGACUCUUCACAGGUGCUCCCUCUGUCCCGUCUUUGAUGUGGACAGCUACGUGCGCUCAAUCAGGGCCACUGUGGACUCACAGGUCGCUAUAGCCACUGAGCUUCCGCUGGACAAGAUUUGUGGGUUAAAUGCUUCUGGAACUUUUGACGUUCCCCCUAGUGGUGAAGACACUUGUCUGCGUGCUUUACCAGUUACUGAUCCACUUUCCUCUGAAACAAAUUCUGAAACACCAGUGUCGUCAUCCUUUUCUGAGCCUCUGGAUGUAACUCAUAUCCACUUCAACAGAUUUAAAUCUGAGGGUAGUUCUCUUACUUGUCUAAGAAAAAAAGACUACUUGACAGGAACUGGCCUAGAUUCUUCACAUUUGGUCCUUUUGACCUUUGAGAAGGAGGUUACCUGCAACAGAAAAGUCAUCGUUCCAGGCAUUCUGGUUCCUGAUCUAAUAGCAUUUAAUCUUAAAGCACAAGCAGUCGCAGUGGCUUCCAAUACAUCUAAUGUAAUUUUUAUCUAUUCUGUCAUUCCGUUAUUAAUGCCAAACAUCCAGCAGAUUCAGUUAGAGAGUAAUGAAAGACCAAAAGGCAUAUGUUUCUUGACAGAUAAAUUACUAUUAAUUUUGGUGGGAAGACAAAAGUCCACUGACUCGGCAUUUCUUCCUUCUUCAAAAUCUGAUCAGUAUAUGAUUUGUUUGAUUGUUAGAGAGGUAAUGCUGAAAGAAGACUCUCCAGUGACACUGAGUGAAAACCAGAGUGGUAACUCUGCUUUCAGUACUCUGAUAAAUAAAACAAGUAUAAAAAAGCUAAUUGAAGAUCUUUCGCCAGAUUUUUGUCACCAAAGCAGAGGGCUCUUGUUCACAGCUAAUAGCAGCAGUCAAAGUGGACGGCCUGGAAGAACCCUUAUUGAAGAAAUAGAAAGUCCUGCAUCCAGCAUCCGUGAUGGCUCCACAGUCCUAGAAACUCUAGAUGCCAGGCCUGUUAACUGGUCAGUAACACUGCCCAGACCCAGCGGCACACCAGCCCACACCAGUACCGCAGAACCUCCUAACUUAGAACGGGAAAAGGAAACGUACCAGCUGUCUAAGGAACUGGAAGUUGUAUCUAGGAACCUGAGUGAAGUGCAGCGACAUCUUUCUGAACUCAGCAACUUUCUGCACAAUGGAAAGAAAUCCUCUCCAGUGUACCCACUCUCUCAGGAUCUGCCUUAUGUUCACAUCACUUGCCAGAAAUGCCAUUUUGUACGUCCUGUUGUUGAAAAAAGAAUGAUGCUUCUCUGCAAUGGCAAGCUAAGACUCAGCACAGUCCAACAGACUUUCGGCCUCUCUCUUGUUGAAAUGCUGCACGACUCCCACUGGAUCCUUCUUUGUGCGGACAGUGAAGGCUUCGUCCCCUUAACUUUCACAGCCACACAGGAAAUAAUCAUAAGAGAUGGCAGGUCAGAUGACUUCCAAAACUCUGCCUCAGAGCCUUGAUAGCAGUCCUUCCCUUGGAGUCUUCAGUGAUGGAUUCCCCAAAGUGGAGAUACCACCGGCUCUUCUGACUAAACUGGCAGUGUAGUCUGAUAUUUAUCAGCAGAGUAUGUGCUGCACAGAUGAGGCCAUUACUAACAAGAGCUGUUUUCCAAGGUGGAUGCUCCCCAGCUGGGAUCUGCAGUGCCGCUGGGAGGUGAAGCGCUCGCCAUGGCUGGCUCCGCCACUCUUCCCCCCCAGGCUGCUGUUCCCUGCUCUGCAGCAGAGCCCAGUCUUUGUUAGAUGGCUCAGAAAGCAGUUAUUUAUGUAUUCAUGACUGUGUGGUUUUGUCUAAGGGCAGAAUUCCCGGCACAAAACAAUAUUAUGGUGCCAUAUGGAUUGUGUUUUAUGGUUUCUCUGAGGCUUUCUGUCCCUUGCCCAAAAUGGCAUUAAAGCUCUUAGAAGCACUUAAAAGGUACCUCAGGAUUGUAAUAGAUCUUCUUCUUGGCUUCAAGUUGAGUGUGAGGAGUGCUGGAGAACAUCUGCUCCAGUGUCUCUUUUACCCUAAACGAGCAGGAAUGCACAGAGCUCAAAGGAAAACAAAAAAUCGAUUCAUUUCUGCUCCCAGGACUACCUCUAACAGGAAGUAGUUCUGAUGUUGGAAUUAAACCUAACCCUGUCACUUCCCUAGAAAAUUCUGGCUGACAGAAGUCCAGGAGCUCCUGAAAUCUGGCUCUGGGCAAAUUUCAAAUGAUACUUAAAGUGCUUUGACUCCCUCUGGGCCCCACUGAAGCGGGUCCUGAUGUUACUAGCACAGUGCCAAGCACAGGUGAGGCCUGUGGCAGGAUUUUGUGCUGUUGUCGCUCAGGAUUUCUCCCUGAGAGGUUACUCAUCUCCUAUUUUGGGGAUCCUAAAAAAUGCCCUAUUUUUCUCCCAGUAAUCAACUCCCUUAAUUUAAAUUGCCACCUUAAUUUGUCUAUUUUUACGUUCUCCCCGUUCAAGUCUUGCAGGCCAGCAUAGAAUCUGUGAGAGAAAGUAUUUCAAAAAGUUGAAGGUUACACUGACUCUGAGAUAGUUUCUUAUAAUUAUGGGCUAAAGCACCAGCUUAGCCUAGUGGAAAGAGCCCUGAUCCCAGCUUCAGAAAGACUCACCACUUUUCAGAGUCAUAAACUUCUGGCACUGCAGCGUAACGAAUGGAUUGAUGUGUGACUAGUCAGAACACAUCUGCAGGUACGUUCUUUCAGCCGUAGGAGCUCAGAUGCAUAGGAGCACAAAUGCCUCUUCCUCUUUUCUUUUAAAGUCAUCUGGAAAGAUCUUAUACCCUUGAGGACUCCUGUCUGCUAGUUUAUGAAGAUGGAGCAGGGAUAGGGAAGAGGCGAGAGCCACUUUGCGGUUGAAAUGCAUUAGAGGAGGAGACCAGUGGCUGAGGACAGCCUGAGGCCUGGCUCCAUUUUCGAAGGACGUGUCUGGUGGAGUGAAACCUCACAACUGUGAAGCCUCAAGAUGGGGUCUGGGGGACUUGAUAGCAAAAUCUGUAUAGGUGCCCCGGAGUGUACGCUCAGUCAUUUCGCUGGUCAGAAUCCUGUGGAUGAGUCUUCAAUAAAAUCACUAAUGGUUGUUGCA